AUGAUCUUACUCCAGAAUAGAAGGCUAUAUUAUUAAAAUAGAAAGCAGGGAUAUAUAUAUAUUUUGAAUUAUAUAAAGAUUGUUUUACCUAUAGGAUUAGUUAAUUUAGGUAAUACAUGUUAUAUGAAUGCUUCUAUUUAAAUUCUGAGAAGAGUUAAUGAAUUGAAUGAAUAUGUAAAAAAUAACACAAAAUAAGGAUAAGGAUUAAGUGCUAUAUUAUUUAAUGAAUUAAAAGAUGUAUUCUAAAAACUUGAACUAAAAGGUGAGCCAUUUUAACCUGUAAAUUUGUUGGCUGUAAUCAAUAUCAUCAUAAAAUUUUAGAUAUUUUUUAAAUUAUAUCCAGAGUUUUUUUAAAGAGAAGAAUAAAUGGGACUUAAAUAAUAAGAUGCUGAUGAAUGUUUUUAAAAUAUUCUUUAAACUAUUGAACCUUUGACAUCUUAUGAAAAUGAAGAAGGAUAACAAAGGAAUUUAAUUAAAGAUUUAUUUGAAAUAGAAUUAAAAUCAACAAUUGAAAAUCAAGAUAUUCCAGAUGAACCAAAAAAAGUAAGUAUAGAAAAGGGAAAGAAAUUAAUGUGUAUAAUAGAUAAUUAAAAUAAACCAGUUAAUAAUUUAUUAGAAGGAAUAACAGUAAGUUUAGAAGAAUAAAUGGAGAAAAUCUCAGAGACAGAUUAAUAAACUCAUUUAUACAAGAAAACAUAAAGAAUAAGUAAAUUAGUAAUAAAUAAAAUAUAUUAUUAAAGCCAAGUUAUUUAAUAUGUUAGAUGGUUAGAUUUUAUUGGAAAUAGGGAGUAUAAGGAAAGGAAGGUGUAAAAGCUAAAAUAUUGAGAAAUGUGGGAUUUCCUAAGAUUUUAGAUUUAUAUGAUUUUUGUGCUGCUGAAUUAUAAGAAUAAUUAUAAGCAGGAAGAGAAUAUGAGAAAAAAAUAUAAUUGGAAAUGGUUGCUAAAGAGAUCGAUGAAUUAGAAUAAUUUAAAAAAGAUUUAGAGAGAUAAGGAAAGAUGAUUGCAGAUGAUACAAGAGAAAUUUAUAAAUAAUUUAAAGCUAAAAAAUAAUAAGAAGAAAUAAAAAGCCAUGAUGAUUAAUUAUAUAGAAGACAUGGAUUUGGAUUAGUGACAGGAAAUUAUGAAUUGAUUGGUGUUUUGAGUAAGUUUAUAAAUAAUAAAUAAUGUAAGCACAUACUGGAAGAGAAGCUGAUUCAGGACAUUAUAUGGCAUGGGUUCAUAAUUCAGGUGAUAAUUGGAUAUGGUAUGAUGAUGAGAAAACAGCAGAGAGAAAAAUUGAACAUAUUUUAGAUUUAAGAGGUGGUGGAGAUUGGCAUAUGGGUUAUUAUCUAUUGUAUAGAAGAUUAGAAAUUGAGUGAUAUUAUAAAAAUGAAUAAUUAUCAUUAUUUAUUCAAGUUCAUUAUAGUAGGAGAAUCAAGUAUUAAUAUCAAUCAUCUUUUAUAGAUGUUGGAAAGAGUUGUCUUUUAUUAUAAUAUACAGAAGGUAGAUUCUAGGUUGGAUAUGAUGCAACUAUUGGAGUUGAAUAUGGAUCUAAAGAAAUUAUCUAUGAUGAUAAGCUUAUUAAACUAUAGCUUUGGGAUACGGUAUUAUUUAAUUCUAUUCAGGCAGGUUAAGAAUCUUUUCGAUCUAUAACUAGAGCAUAUUACAGAGGGUAUAUCUCAUCUAUUUUAAAUUUAUAGAUCAAUUGGUUGUUUUUUAGUUUAUGAUAUUACUAGAAGAAUUACAUUUGAUAGAAUUUAAACAUGGGUUAAAGAAGUUAAAUAAGAUACCAAUACAAGAAUAGAAUUUAUGUUAGUUGGCAACAAAUGUGAUUUAAAAGAUCGAAAAGUUAGUUAUGAUGAAGGAAAAUAACUAUCUAUCUAAUUAGGAUGUGAAUUUUAAGAAACUUCUGCAAAAACUGGAGAAAAUGUUGAAUUUAUAUUUGAAUCUUUGACUUAGAAAAUUUAUGAGAAUAUCAAAUCCAAUAAUAUUGAUCCACAUGAUCCUAAUCAUGGAAUUAAAAUUGGAAAAAUUGCAGAAAAUGAAAAAAUUACAGAAUUACCAAAAUAAAAUAAAAAAAAAAUUUGUUGCUGA